UCGUCUGUUAUUAUCGCCGGCCGAAAGAACGACAUACACGUCCAUUCAUUUACGUGAAAGAUAAGUCUCUAUACCCAAAGCCAAGAUGCAGUUCACAACUCUCGCCAUCGCCCUCUUGGCCGCCUCCGCCUCCGUCUCCGCCCAGAGCGCGCAGCAGCUCAUCUCCAAGAUCCCGUCCUGCGCGAAGCCCUGCCUCGAUGACGCCUCUACCAAGAUAGGUUGCUCGACCACUGACACGAAGUGCCAGUGCGGCAAGAUCGACGACCUGACCACGCAGGCCAUCGGCUGCGUGUCUACGUCUUGCAGCGCCGACGACUUGACUCAAACCACCAAGCUGAGCGCCGAGAUCUGUGCCGCGAUCGCGUCUGACGCCGGAAGCGCUGCUGCCAGUUCGGCUAUUUCUAGCGCCGGCUCGGCUGCGACUUCUGCCAUUGCCUCUCUGACAGGUGCUACCGCGACAUCGGCCAGCACCAGCGCAACCGCGACCCCGACGACCGGCGCUGGUAACCGGGCCGUUGCCGGUCUCGGGUUUGCCGCUGCCGUGGCUGCUUUAGCACUGUAGGCGAUGGGGCGCGUUGUUGUGAGGUUCCAAGUUGACGGUGGAUUUUUCUUAUGGCGCAAUAGUUAUAUUCUUGGAGCAAUGUGACAAAAAAGUUCAUCGAUACUUGUGGAAAAGCGACAACAUCUGCUUGUUUAUAUCUAUAAUUGUC